CCAGCGGGUCGGAGGGAUGCGCCGAUGGUAUAAAAGCCGCGUGACUUUCCCUGUUAAAGCAUCACUUGUUACUCGAACGAACAAAAAUGAACUCACUAGCUGUCAUCUGCGGUCUUGCUCUCUUCGCUGUCGUCUUGGCCUCUCCCUUCGGAGAUCACCGAGUCCGACGACAGGCUGGAACGAUCGAGGAGAAAUUGGGAUUACCUAGCAACGCCACCGCCAUCCGCAACAACAUUGUCGACACUUUUUCGUGCGACGGAAAGAUCUACGGCUACUACGCUGAUGUCGACAACGAGUGCCAACUCUUCCACAUCUGCUACCCCGUCGAAUUGGCCGAUGGAACUAAGCAAACUUUCAAGUGGAGCUUCAUCUGCCCGGAGGAGACCAUCUUCAACCAGGAGAGUAUGACUUGCACUUUCCCCACCGACGCCAUCCCCUGCUCAGAGGCCGCGUCUUUCUACAACCUCAACCAGAAUUUCGGCGUCAUUCCUUCCACCACCGUCAAGGCUUGAGCAGCACAUCUCGUCUUCCAACUUUCGAUGAUUCCAUCAGCAAGCCUGUAAAUAUAAUCAAACAAAAGGGGUGGGCCAUUUCGUCUUCUUCCCAUUAUUUCUCGCACAGCAAUGAAAAUGUAGUUACAGAAUUUCUCUACCGGUCGGGGCAUUAUUUUCACUUUCAUCCCGACCAUUUUUGAUUUAACAUCUACCCGCAAAAAAGUGUACGCUUGAUUGCCCGCAAAUUCUAAAAUGUUGUUGUGUCGUGUACGGCUGCUAUGUAUCAAAAUCACUACCGAAAUACAAAACAAAAAAACCC